AUGGACGCAGGACUCGGAGAGCCGGGCUCCGUACAGCCACAAGGCGGCUCUUUUCGAACUGCCACCACGGAGGAACCAGGCAUCUCUUCGCGCGCACAAGACGAGAGGAUUGCGGCCGCGAAGUCGAGGCCUGCGCGUGAGACUCUCGUGAGAGCCGCGGUGCCGCCGCGCGGCACCCCGUCCGCUGCCGCCGACGCCGACGCCGACGCCGACUCCGAGCCCGCGCGCCCGAGCUCGCACCCGCGCCCGCGCCUGAGUCCGAGCCACGGCCACGCGCAGCGCCCACACACGCCCACACCCUUGCAAAUGACGCUGGUGAUGCAUGAUGUCUAUGUAGUCGUGAGACGAGUGUCCGUGAGAGGACAUGCUGGCGAAAUCGAGGGCACGCUCGUCGACUACAAAAAACCACAGGAUGUGAGCGGGGCAUUUAUCGAGAAAUGUGCCAAGAAACGCACCAGGGAGACGCUCGCGGACGCAGAGCCCGCCGUGGUCGUGUCCAUCGACACCGCGGUGGGAGUACCCGCCGGCGAACCUGCCGACGACGCAGAACCGGAGUCCGUGGGGUCCUGCGAGGCGGGAGCCGAACUAGAGGCCGCACUGCUUGGGAGCGUGACCGACGCUGACGCGUCCGUCCCAGAGCUCGCUGCACUCGUCGCUGUUGACGUCGGCGACCCGCCCCCGCUGGUGUCCGUUGCUUGUCGUCUCCAAUAG